UAACCGCAGAACUGUACUCUUCGUAGGAUACGAAAUGGCUGUUAAGUCCAGAAGAUCGUGGACGACCGUGAUCUUUGGCGUCUUUCUCGGAUUCACAGCGUCCUCUUGGCUCAUUUUACCUCAGGUUCUGGAAAGUAAAAGGAAAAGAUCUGCCAUGUGUUUGUACUACAGUGACUCCGCCGUUGCUAUAGGUGCUGACAUCCACGGGAAGUCCGUGUCAGUCAAAGAUCUGGACAGUCCGCAGGAGAACAGGCUAUUCAGUGCGAAGAACAGCAGCGGACAUUUAGGCAGAGCCCAAAGGAAACCAAAGCGUUUCAUUUAUGUUGGCGUGAUGACAGCCAAAAAAUACCUGACGUCUCGAGCACAGGCUGCGUAUGAGACAUGGGCGGCUUCUAUACCCGGGAAGGUGGAGUUCUUCUCGAGCGCUGGGUCUGGGACCGUCCACGCGCCUGCUCCCCUCCCUGUGGUUUCACUGGCAGGUGUUGAUGAUUCCUAUCCACCACAGAAGAAAUCAUUCAUGAUGCUAAAGUACAUCCAUGACCAUUACCUGGAUAAAUACGAGUGGUUCAUGCGGGCAGAUGAUGAUGUUUAUAUAAGAGGUGAGAAGCUGGAAUUGUUCUUGCGGUCACUCAACAGCAGUCAGCCCCAUUACCUUGGCCAGACAGGGCUGGGCACAGCUGAAGAAUUAGGACGACUGGCUCUAGAACCUGGAGAAAACUUUUGCAUGGGAGGUCCUGGGAUGAUCUUUAGUAGAGAGGUGCUACGCAGGAUGGUCCCUCAUAUCAGUACCUGUCUAAGGGAGAUGUACACUACCCAUGAGGAUGUGGAAGUAGGGCGUUGUGUACGACGCUUUGGAGGCACACAGUGUGUAUGGUCUUAUGAGAUGCAGCAACUGUUCUACGAAAACUAUGAACACAACAAAAAAGGCUUCAUUGAAGAACUUCACAGUCGCAAGAUCCACAAUGCCAUUACGCUCCAUCCCAACAAAAGUCCUGCCUACCAGUACCGGCUCCACAACUUCAUGCUCAGCUGUGAGAUUUCAAGGCUCCGUUACCGCACAAUCCUACUCCACCGUGAAGGCCUACAUAUGAGUUAUCUUAGUGAUACAGAAAUACUGUGGGAGGACCAACAGCUGGGUUCGCCACCUUCCUACAUGCGCUAUGUGCCCAGUGAGAGAAAUGAUGUCACUGAGUGGGAUUUCCUGACAGGCCAACAUAUUUAUUCUGCCGUUGAAAACAAGAUGGCUAGGCAAAGCCUUGGAAAAUUGCUUCGCACUGCCCUUGAAGACAAUAUUAUACUAGAGGUCAUGGAAAUGAUUAAUGAAAAUUCAAAGACACGUGGCCAUGUAAUUGACUUUAAAGAGAUUCAGUAUGGCUACUACAGGGUGGAUCCAAUACAUGGUGCGGAAUACAUCUUAGACUUGUUGCUUCUGUACAAAAAACACAAGGGACGUAAAAUAACUCUGCCUGUGAGGCGGCACGCUUACCUUCAACAGUCCUUCAGCCGGCCUUUCUUUAGUGAAGCUGAAGAUCUAAAUGUGUCAGAACUUAUGGCUGCCAUCAACUCUGAAUCCCAAUCCCUGUCAUUCCUAUCCAACUCUCUGAAGUUUUUGUCACCUUUCCAGUUCUAUGAGUCAACAAGAGAAAUGUGGGAGCAAAGCCAGAAAAAGAUCAGCAUUCUUGUCCCACUGUCUGGUCGCUAUGGCACUUUUAUUCGGUUUAUGGAGAACUUUGAGAAAGUGUGUUUGAUACCUAAACAAAAUGUUCAGCUCUGCAUCAUUCUGGUGGACAAUGUAAACAAUAAGAAUAUAAAAAAGCAUAUUCAUUUAAUAAUGGACUAUAAGAGAAAGUAUCCUAAAGCUGAAAUGUCUUUAAUCCCCAUGACAGGAAAUUUCUCACGAGGGCUGGCUCUAGAGCUGGGUUCAUCACAGCUUGAUAAUGACACUUUACUGUUCCUCUGCGAUGUUGAUCUAAUCUUUAGUGGUGAUGCUCUGCAGCGCUGCAGAGAUAAUGCUAUUCAAGGGAGACAGGUCUAUUUUCCUGUUAUCUUUAGCCAAUACAGCCCUAAGAUUGUGUAUGGUGAAAAAGCCUCAAGUGAAAACAACUUUGUGCUCACCAAGAAAAGUGGCUUUUGGCGUGAUUAUGGCUUUGGAACCACCUGUGUUUUUAAGAGCGAUUUACUAAAAGCUGGAGGUUUUGAUACAUCAAUCCUAGGCUGGGGGUUAGAAGAUGUAGACUUCUUCACCAAAGUUAUUAAUUCUGGUUUAAAGGUUUUACGCAGUCAAGAACCAGGAAUUGUCCACAUUUAUCAUCCUGUCAAUUGCAAUUCAAGCCUUGAACAGAAGCAAUACAAAAUGUGUCUUGGGUCAAGAGCAAGUGCAUUUGCAUCAGCUGUGCAGUUAGCAGAGAUGUGGCUUGAGAAACACAUAGAGGUAGGCUAUAACAGAACUUCAUCCUGAUACCCCGACCUUCCAGGACUCCUCUACUUUCUGUUCUGCUUGAACGCAGAUAGCUAUGCACUGUGGCACCCAAGGCAGUCAUGUCUCUAAAACUGAGUGUACUCUAACCAAUGAAAUGGUACUAGACACAGCUUAACCAGCAGGAGAUAGACCAAUGUUAAAGACACCAAAAGGAGAUAGAACAGAUCUGCACCCAAUUUAGUGCAGAAGCAAGGCCAACUAUCUGCUUCUUUACUUUCUUCUAAACCAGCUGGAAAAUUGGUAAGAAUGAGAAAAAGAAAUAUUUGGUAUAUGUAAUAGCUAAAUGUAGCUGAUUGUUAUUUUGUACAGUUAUGCAUCACUCUCUACUAGUCUCCUUUUUAUACCGGCAUAAAUGAACUACUUGUUAAUCUGGGUAAAUUGAGGAAUUAUUUAAAUGGCCGAAAGAACAAGUUGAAUUAUCCAAAAUACUUGGCAAUUAAAAAGUACUGUCAGGCAAUGAAAUCAACAGAAAUUAUUAAUAUGGUAAGUGAGAUUUGUGAAUGCUGGAAGUUAUUCAUAGAGUGAUGUUUUACUUUGCUACAAGUUUGUGUCUGUAGCAUAAUUGUUGCCUACAACAAUUAUGUUGCCUACAACUCAGUGAUUCAGUGAAUUAGAUACUUUGUUGCUUCUCUCCAUAAGUUCUCAUUGAGCAGCAUGGUGUGCUGUGCUAAACAAUCUGUAUGUAUGUGUAGGUGAGGGAUUUGGUCCUGCUGUAUUGAUCUAAGCUAAUCUACCUUAAUCUCCCACUGCAGUUUAGAAAUCAUCUCGUGCAGAUCUGAAGCUGAGCCUGUGUAGUUACCGUCUGUCCACAUUUCUUGUAUGCUUCUGUUCUAGAAAUAAGUCCUGCUCAGCUGUCUUAUUUCCAGUCUCAAGUCUAACUAUAACCUGUUUGCUUUCAUUAAUUUUAGAGUAUCAUAAUUCAGCAGCUUCACUGCCAUCAUUUUUACUCAAUCAAAACCUAGGAAGACACACUAAGACAGAACCUCAUUCUCAGUUACCCAAGGUGCAUACAAUAAAUGUAGACACAGCUGAAAUCAAAUACCAAUGAAAAAAGAUAUUAUAGCUUUAUCAAUUAAAAAUUAUUGUAAACACCACUCAGUGUUGCACGUUAUGUGCGUUUAUGUACAAUUGUGCCUUUCACUCUGCCGUCCCAGCAGCUUUCCAGUUGUUGCCACCUCCAAGUCCCAGUAUCACUGAAAUAGGGAGAGAGUGAUUAACGAAUUGAUCUCAGCUGGCCUGCCAGCCUCCCUGGCACUACCCCCCUGAACCUCCAUCCCACUAAUAUUUUUACAUUAUAACUAAAUAAAUAAAAAUUUCUGUGAUUAAACCAAAGGUAAAGGUACACGCUGCAUCUAAAGGCUUGAAAGUGGAAUGCACUACCUACCAAUAAAUAAAAUACUCCGUUAAAGGCAGGAUAACCGCUUUCACAAUACUUUCUUAUUCAUGUGCAAAAGAAAAUUUUUUUCUGCAAAACAAAUCAAAAACAUCUAACAAUUUCAGUCACAGCAUUUAUAAGCUUUGAUAAUUAUGUGUUAUUAUGCACUUUAAGUUUGCCAUGCAGCCAGAUGGCUAAUGUAGGUAUUGUUUUAUUAAUUGCAAUUCAAAACAGACAUUUUAACUUUUGUACAGUUUAAGAUCAAUUUCAGCAAGUUUAUGGCUCUCUGUAACUCUAGAACUGAUAUAAGCAGUAGUAUUUAUUAUAAAAAUGAGAUUUGAUUGUAAAAUAUAAGCAAAUGUCUAAAUCUUGUGUUUAGACUGAAGUCCUGUUUCUGAAUUGAAUAUAGGCUUUCUUCCCUGACUGAUUAAGCAAUGAUCUGGUGACCUUUAAAAUCCUUUAGACAUUUGAGGUAAAUCUAGUAAAGGGUUGGUUGAAAAUUCCAUUUUUAAUUAUUUCAUGUUGAUUUAAUGAUGUUCAUAUGGAAAUGCAAAGAUUGAAUGCUGUUAAUUUAGCUGGCUCUGAAAAAUCUUUAUUAUUUUAUUGACUAUUUUUAUUGUAAUUAUGCUUAGUGUAAAUGAUUGUCUUUUAAUUCUUAAUAGAAGAUGUGUGAUUAUCCUUUAUUGAUUCUAUUUUUAUUUUUGUUGUUGUUAAAUGUAACUACAGGAGUCAUUAGGACAGACUCUUGAAAAGCUAAAAUUAAACACAAAUGAAAAAUGAAUCAACUUUUCAAUCUUCAAGAAAGUGAUCUGGAACCAACUGAAGUUUGAGGGUCAUUCUAUUUCCUUCCUUUGCUCACCACAAAAUUUAGUUUAACUUGCUAGUUUUUGCAGUCUCAAAAGAGUGCCCCAAAAGGCUCUGCCUGAACUUUUGCACUGGUGGCAAAACAAAGCUCUCCACCAGAUGUCACAGCUCCACACAGUUGGUUAUUGAAGCUUGAAGUUGGUGAGUUCUUGGCCAAGCCUUUUGAUUGGUUGACUGAUUAUGCAGCACUUUCUGGUAUGAAUAUUUUGAGCCACCCCUGUUCCUGUCAGUUCAGGCAGACCUCUAGCACCUGUAAUAGAGCUAUUUUACGCUGACCUCUUUCAAGCGUGGGAUGUUCUUCUGAUGGUGCAUUCUGAUAAUGCUGCAGUUUCUCUUUGUAUGUUUUAUUUGUUUUUUGCCACAGAAAAUUGUUGGGCUAAAUAAAGGGUGCUUUGUUAGCCACGAGCCAUUUUACAUGAAUUUGUAUCUACAAUCAAUCACAGAGGUAAUACUGUAUGUCAUUACUGCGUCUGGACUAAAACAAAUCAUGGUUUCUGACCCAAAUUUAGUUUGUUGGAAUGUUUUUGUCUUUGUUUUUGUUUUUUGUUUUUUUCAAAUCCUGUGUCAAAGCACUCCUUGUAAAAACCGGCCUUCACUAAAUUUCACUUUUGUUCUUUGACAAUUUGUUUCAGUACAGUCAGUCAGUUUCGAGUAUUAAAUUCAUUAAUCACA